AUGGGGAGCGACGUUGGAGCAAAGGGAGGUUGUCAGGCAACCUGGGACAAAGGAAAACAGGUGUCCUGGACACAUCAAUUGCAAGGAACUAGUGGCCAUACACCUAGCCUUAAAGUGACUGAAGAAAUAAGUAGUGCCUUUGGUAGUGAUGCUCUUAAACGUAUAGAUCCAGACAGGCUGUUUGCUAAAGCUGAACUUCAUAUCAAGAAUGGUCUGUCAGUUGAUGCAGCCAAAGAAGAGAUUCUAGCUAGCAUUGCACUAAAACAAGAGAAACAUCAUGUGAAAAAGAGAUGCAGAGUAGAUUCUUCAGAAGCAUCUACAAGUAGUAGUGAGAAUGCAUCAAAUAGUAAUGAUUCACAAAAGACUUCAACUCAGAUAUUACAUGUUAAUGAUUUAGAACACGCUCCAAGUCAUAGUGCAGUUAUAUAUAAUGAUAAUGAAUUAAAAGAGGUGAUCAGUCAAAAAAGUGAAUCUUCUACAAAUGGUGCAGGAAGCUCGAAGGCAGAUGCAGUUAAUCAGAUGUGUAAGUCUACUCAAAAUUAUCCUUGUGCUGCUAAUUUAGAAUAUUCGGAAGACAGUACAAGCUGUAAAGCAAGCAGUUCAAACAAAACUGGUGUAAAACAUUUCCAAGAAGUGUCUGAGGAAGAAUUUGAUUCCCAGAGCAGCAAUCCUCCUGUGACUUCUAGUGAAUCAGAGAAAACGGAAAUAAAUACUACUGAGUGUGAAUCUGAUAGUAGUGAUAAAGAUUAUUUUUCAGGUUUCUUGGAUCCCUCCUCUUCAGGUGUUUUUCAAGCCCAUGAAGUGUUUAAAAAAGAGGCAGAGAAUGUAGAAGCUGCCACUUCACAAUCAAGUUGUGAUCUUCAAGCUAAUUUGUCAUCUAUUGGAAGUCCCGAAGUUAGUGUAUUAAGUCCUUCGCCAAAGCCAACACCUUUGAUAGACCUGGGCGAUGAUAGCACUUGUUCGGAUCGGUCAUCUUGCAAUAGUGAUAUAGUUGUAGUUGAUGAAGUUGAGAAAAGUUUGAAUACAGAACUAAAGUUGGGUGGUAGGAAAAUGUCAGCUUCGAAGGCAGGCAAAGGAAUGUCUGAUUUUGAAGGCAUAUUAAAUAUUCCGGGUUCGUCGAGUUUAGUGUCUAGUAAGGACUUUGUUGGUAAGAGUGUAGGAUAUGCUGUAGAUCAAGCUUUUGACCUUGCAUAUACUUCGGAGAGUAACAUCAUGGUAAAUACGAUGGAGAAUCAUAAUGUAGAUUAUAACAAAAUUACCUCUCCUGAGUCGGAGAGGAACAUCAUUGUAAAUAUGAUGGAGAAUCAUAAUGUAGAUUAUAGCAAAAUGAACUCUCCUGAGUCACAGAUGAUUGAUAUGCAGCAAUCCUUAGAAAAUGCUGUUGAGCUAGGGAAAAAUGACUCGUCUCAAAAUCAAAAGACUGCAAAGCAGAAUGGGGGUAGUGAUUUUUUUGACAGUGAUUCAUCAAGUGAAGAAGACCCAAAUGACAAGUUGUGGAAAGAUGCUCAGUUCAUUUGCUCAUUACUGCCUUUUUUUGAAUUGGCAGAUGUACAUGAGACUAUGGUAGCUAAUUUUUAUCAUCCUGAUCGUAAAGCUCACGUUUUGGAAGCUUACAUUCAGCUAGCUCUCGAUCGCGAUGAAAUGGUACCUGAUAAUGUAUUUUUAAGUUUAAAUGCUGCCAGAAAGCGAUCUCAUACAGAAGCUUGUGGUCAAGAGGCUGUGAAUGGAAAGAAACAAAAAGUUGGUCAUGCAGAUCCUAGGCCAGCUACUUAUGGAAACACUUAUAAUGCAGUGAAUGUAUUUGUUGAGGCAAAUGAGCCUGUACCCUCCACAAGCAGAGUAGUUCCUAGGGCUGUGUUUAGUGAUCGUCCAGAGUCUGGCGUGCAAGGAAAUGCAAGCGGUCUUGAGAAUCGAGAUGAAAGAGAGAAAUGGAUUCGAGAAAAGUUAGAUUUUGUCAGUGCUGUAGUAUGUGAUAUGGAUAAGGACCACAUUCGUGCACAGUUGAGUAGCUGUUAUAGUGAUAGUGAUGUCGGGGCGUUAAUAACAAGGCUUAUAGAGGAGCCGCCAAGACCUCAAGCUCCAAGUCAACUAAACAUUGCCAGUGGAACAAUGCCUGAGGCAACUAACCAACCAAAUACAAGUGCCUUCCAAGCAGUGGAUAGAGGAAGGCCUGCUGAAGUUCCUGUAAAUGAGGACAACAGUUCAUCUGGCGAAGGACCCUCUGGUGAGGGUGAAGAACUGCCGAAUGCGGCUGAUACUGAAGACCGUAUCAUGGUGCAAAUUAACACCCUGGCUGAGAUGUUUAGUGAUGCAGAUCCUGACUACUUGCGAGAAAGAUGUAUCAGUUUGCAUGGAAAACAAGAAGAUUUCCAGGCUCUUGUAGAGGAACUAAUGGAGAAAAAGGAAUAUCCUAAAUUGGAAGAAUAUCUGAAGCGUCAGAAGCGAUUGGAGAUCAAAAAGAAGUUUAUUGAGGGGAUGUCUGUGGAGGAGUUCCUGGAAUAUUUUCAAGAUCCUGAAAAGGUAUUUUGUGAUACUGAGAAGAAAAUGAGUGUAACGUACAUGGAAAAUGCUCGUACACAGCUCUUGAGAGACCUGCCAUACCAUCUCAGCAAGGAUAUAGACAACGAACUGAGAAAAAAUAUACACUACCUGCCAACUCUUAGAGCUCUAGAGGGAAAUAGAAAGCUAAGUCGACGGAAGACCAAACGUGUUUCACCGCCAAAGGAUAGUGACUUAGAUGAUAUAUUUAUAAAGGAACAGUGCUAUGUCCGCAUGCAGCUUGAGAUUAAGGAGUAUCUUUUAAAGAAAGAGGAAAAUAAGCGGAGAGCAUUUUUGUGGGCCAAGGCAGCAAAUCAGCUUCAAGUAUGUGGUUGCUGUUACGAUGAUGAAAUUUUAGAAGAGGAUAUGGAUUCAUGUAAUUCACCUGAGAUAAAACACAAAUUUUGUUGCAACUGUAUAAGAAGAUUUGCUGAAGAAGAAAUUGGUCAGGGAAGAAUAAAUUUUCGAUGUCUAGAAGGGGAUUGCAAGGCAGAAUUUUCCCUCGGCACUCUCAAGAAACUUUUGAAGCCAUCUGUCUUUUCAAACAUCUUAGCUCGUAAGCAGUUGGAGGAAAUAGCUGCUGCUGGUAUUGAGGAUUUAGAAUCAUGUCCAUUCUGCAAUUUUCAGACAAUCAUGCCCAACAGAGAAGACAAGGUUUUCAAGUGUCUGAAUCCUGACUGUAUGAAGGAUUCUUGCAGAUUGUGCAAAGAACCAAACCAUGUACCUCUGCGAUGUGAAGAAGUUGAAAAACAGCAUCAGAAAGAUGCAAGAACAUUUUUAGAAAAUAAGAUGACAGAAGCAAUGGUUAGGGAGUGUUGGAAGUGCAAAAAACGUUUUAUCAAGGCAGAUGGUUGUAAUAAGAUGCGUUGCUCGUGUGGUGCUAUGAUGUGCUACAUUUGCAAAAAGGCAAUUAAAGGAUAUGAUCAUUUUGAAGAUAAUCCUGUCCCUAUAAAUAAAAACAAGUGCCCACUGUGGAGUAACUCUGAGAAGAUACACGCUGAAGAAGUACGAGAUGCAGCAAAGAAAUUGAAAGAUGAGCUAGACCCAGGCAUUGAAUUGAAACACGACCCUACGAAAGACUUGCCAGAGUAUGGGCGUGCCGAGUGUCCAGGGGCUGCUCUUCCAUCUCGAUGGCGCCGUGGCGGUCACCCAUGCAACGGUCACGACCACCACCACGACCCUUACAACACCCGCUACGCUUCACCUCCUCACCUGGUGUACACCCAGCACGCGGUCUCUGUGACACCCACUACAUCGGUGCAGGGGCCAGUCGCCGUAACCUCGGGGAGUGUGAUCCGCCACCUGGGUUUUGCCGUGCUGCCGCAGACCGGACUUCGUGUGCCCGAAGAGCUCGCCCCUGGACCUCCCACCGCCACGGCUGGUACCAGCGAACUGACGCACCGUGAGGAUACGCACCGAUCUACCGUGACAGUGGAACUCGCCGGUCGCCUGACCGUCACUCUCACAGAGAGCGAUCGGCGCAGCAACAGAGAUGGGCUGGAAACGUCCGUCAGUCCUCUGCAGCUGUGUACCAGGGGAAGUGGCCGUCUUUCUGUUGUUGGUGUCGUAGACUGGGUCUUCUCCUCUCAGAGCCACUCUUCAGCAGGUAGCGGAUUUCCUCGUUUUCUUCGCAGAGAGAAGCUCUCUCAGUCCCCACAGUCAAAGGAUACGGACGCCUUGGCGCUCGUCCUGAACGGAUGGGGGUGGACAUCGGAACUCGUUUCGAGAUCUCCUUGCUUAUGA